GUGCUGGGUCAGUCUGUUCAGUCUCACCAAGCAGAGUUUGAGGAUCUUAGAACCAUAGCACAGCAGAUCAGCCAAGUCACUGGUGACAGUCAGACAAUUUCACAUGCUGGUCUUUUAGUUAACCGUUAUCAUGCUUUGACCUCUGCUGUGAAGGAAAUGAUUGGGAAAUGCAACCAGAACAUUAAAGAUCACAGUGAAUAUUUAGAGAAGCACAAGGCAGCUCUGGCAUGGCUGGAUAAAGUUCAGCACAGUCUGGAGGAGUGCUCUAGUCUGGUUGAUGAGGAAAAUUCUCUGAACAAUAAGCUGGCUAUU